GGGACGGGCGCUCGCGGUGCAGCGAUUUGUAGGUUAGGUUAGGUCGAACGUCGCGCGGAACAACGCGAUGUUUACGGCGAGCGGCGGCGGAGGGAUUAUUUUGAUUACGUGGCGAACGCGGAGCGCUCGAGCCUCGUCUCGAGCGACUCGACGUUACUGUUGACCUCGGCGAGAACGUGACCGACGCACAGUGAUGCCAGAUAAGAGACCGCGGACGGUUGAGCAGCAACAGCAGCAGCGAUGAUCCUAUUCAGAGUGGGCUCGAUCUUCGGCUUCCUGAUCCUGGUCAGCGGAUUCCGGGAGUACGGUAAGAGGGACCUGAUCGGCCUGCGGGAGGAGGUACGGUCCAUGUUCGAUUACGCCUACUCCGGCUACCUGACGCACGCCUAUCCGUACGACGAGCUGCGCUCGCUGAGCUGCGACGGCUUCGACACCUGGGGCAGCUUCUCCCUGACCCUGAUCGACGCCCUGGACACGCUCGCGGUUAUGGGCAACUACUCCGAGUUCCGCCGCGUUGCCGAGCUGAUCGGCGCGCGGGCGAACUUCGAGGCCAACAUCAACGUGUCGGUGUUCGAGACGAAUAUCCGGGUGGUCGGCGGGCUGCUGAGCGCCCAUCUGCUGUCGCGCCGUGCCGGCGUCAAGCUGGAGCCCGGCUGGCCGUGCAACGGCCCGCUGCUGCGCCUCGCCGAGGACAUGGCCAAGCGGCUGAUCGCCGCGUUCGACACGCCCACGGGGAUGCCGUACGGCACGGUAAAUCUCAAGUACGGCGUGCCGGAGGGUGAGACCAGCAUCACGUGCACGGCCGGCAUCGGCACCUUCCUGCUGGAAUUCGGCACUCUCUCCCGGCUGACCGGCGACCCGCUGUACGAGGAGGUCGCCAUGAACGCCAUAAAGGCGCUGCACUACUACAAGUCCAGCAUCGGCCUAGUCGGCAAUCACAUAGACGUCCUCACCGGCCACUGGACCGCCCAGGAUUCCGGGAUAGGCGCCGGCAUAGACUCCUACUUUGAAUACCUGGCGAAAGGUACGCUGCUCUUUCAGGAUCCCCUGCUGGCCACGAUCUUUCAGGAGCACAAGCAGGCCAUCGAGAAGUACGUCCGUCGGGAGGACUGGCACCUCUGGGUCUCCAUGACCAAGGGCCAGGUGACCCUACCGGUCUUUCAGUCUCUGGACGCGUAUUGGCCCGGGGUGCUGAGCCUCUUCGGCGAGAUCAGCGACGCGAUGAAAUCCCUGCACAACUACCAUCGCGUGUGGAAACAGUUCGGAUUCACCCCGGAAUUCUACAACAUACCGCAGGCCGAGGCGGGGACCAACAGGGAGGGCUAUCCGUUGAGGCCGGAGCUUAUCGAGUCCGUCAUGUAUCUUUACAGGGCGACCAGAGAUCCGUAUCUGAUUCAAGUAGGGGUGGACAUCCUGAGGAGCCUGCAGUACAGCGCGAGGACCACGUGCGGCUACGCGACCAUCAACGACGUCCGGGACCACCGGAAAGCGGACCGAAUGGAAUCCUUCUUCCUCGCGGAGACCACCAAGUACCUGUACCUUCUUUUCGACACCGACAACUUUAUCCACAACACCGGCACCGAGGGCGAGAUAAUCGACACUCAAUGGGGCCAGUGCGUGGUGGACGCCGGUGGAUACAUCUUCAAUACCGAGGCCCACCCGAUCGAUCCCGGAGCUCUCUACUGUUGCCGGCCAGCGCAGGAGAUUUUCCCGGAGGAGAGGUCGACCCUGAGGAGAUUCGUCCCGACGAGAGACUCGUCGGGGGACGUCUCGUUGGACGAGCUUAACCCUGAAACGGAUGCAUCCGCCGGCAAGAAUCCAGACGUGCUGCCGAUCACGAUUACGAAGCUCUCCGAGAUCAGGCACUACUCCGCGAGCGAGAAGGAGGACGCUGCUUUCAACGAGAGCGCUUCGUCGCCGAACGUCACGGACCGUCCCGUCGAACGCGAGAACGGCGAGGAGACCGAGAAGUCGAAUCGGAGCGAAAUCCGAUUGUCGACGACGCAGGUCCUUCCGCCGUCGGCGACGAUCUACAAGGCCGACGACAGCGACUGUGCCGACGGUGCCGACAGCUUUGAACCCCCGAUAUUGUCCGACGGACAGUACUCCGCUUCUGGACUCGCGACGGAGAACGGCGCGCGACGGAACGCCACGCCGAGCCCCGUCAGGGCCAGAUUCGAGCCGCAAAUAAUGCUGGAGAACAUCAGACACGGAAAUCUGUAUCCGACCAACGUCACAGCGAGGCAGAACUAUCAGAUUCUGUCCUGUCAGACUCAACCAUUCCUACAACGAAUGUCGAUCAUAGGAGAAUUUUUUUAAAGAGGAAAACGCGCCGGAGAGAAGGACUUUCGUACGAAUCCGCCACGGCGGUUCUUAAAGUAUUUUUUAUUCGCGCGUCUUUGUUACGAGAGUGAAAUCUACACGGGGCCUGCGUGUCUCGCGUAUGUUGUACUUUAGAAUAUAUUCCUGUGAUAUAAUUGUUGUUGUAUAGUUUCUAACAAAUAUAAGAUAUUACAAGCA